AUGACUACUGUCGAGCAACUUAUUGAGCAAACGAAGAACCUUGAAAUUCAAGAGAACAGGGAUGAAGAUAUUCACGACGCGGCAGAAGCAUUUAUCAAAAUUGACAGAGACAACAGCGGAGAAAUAGACGUAUCUGAGCUGCGCCAGGCCUUCAACGACGCUGGCCACAAAAUCACAGGUCACGAGGUCAGAGACUUGCUUUCCAAAUGGCAGCGCGCUUCCCCGACAGCAAUCACAUGGGCUGAAUUCGUCGUGAAAUUUGUUCAGCUCCGGCACCAAGGGGAUAUUGGGCGGACGUUUGCUGAGAACACAAAGGAGGCCAAGGGCGUCAAUAGAAUCGGCUCAGUGACCAAGUCCUACCACUCGUAUCCAGUUGAAGAAAGAGUCGGAUUUGCAGAUUGGUGCAAUCGGGUCCUUGGAAAAGACAAGGAUCUCAAACAUUUACUGCCACUUUCGAUCGAAAAUGAAGAUCUCUUCGAAAAAUGCAAAGACGGAAUUCUCCUUUGCAAGCUAAUCAACUCGGCCGUGCCCGACACGAUUGAUGAACGCUCAAUCAACAAGCCAAAGCCUGGGAAAGACUCGGUCGACACUUUCCGACAAACAGAAAACUGCAAUUUAGCGAUCCAAUCUGCAAUUUCCAUCGGCGCAACCGUCGUCAAUGUCGGCGCCCAGGACAUCAUGGAAGGCAAGGGACAUCUGAUCUUGGGCUUGAUCUGGCAGAUCAUUGAAAUCGGACUCAUGGCUGGUGUUUCUCUCGAGCAAAAUCCCCACAUCGCGGCUCUCCUUGAAGAGGAUGAAGAACUCAGCGAUCUGCAGCGACUCGGACCAGAGGGAAUUCUUCUUCGUUGGUUCAACUUCCAUCUUCGAAAUGACAAGUCUUACGAAGGACUGCCGCUCAUCACCAAUUUCAAGAAAGACUUGGCCGAUUCUAUUGCUUACAUCCAUCUGCUGAGCCAGAUUCAACCCGAAGAUCACAUGCCCAGAAUCAGCUCCGACCACAGCGCUAACAGCGACCUCGAGCGAGCGGAAAAGAUGCUCAAGCUUGCCGAACAGCUCGAGUGCCGAGCUUUCCUGACUCCACGCGACGUUGUCAACAAGAAAGAAAAAUUAAACCUGGCUUUCAUCGCGAAUCUCUUCAACAAUCAUCCUGCCCUCGUCGCUGAAAACAUUGCAAUCAUCAACGAGACCAGGGAGGAGAAAACUUAUCGAAAUUGGAUGAACUCGCUUGGAGCCAACCCACGAAUCAUCAGAAUUUACAACGAUAUCAGAAGCGGUGUUGCUCUUUACGAUGUUAUGAAGAAAAUUGACCCUAAUAUCGCUGGGAAAUACAAGGUCGAUAGAAACUUCAAGUCUUUUACUGCGAUGAUGAGCAAGAUCGGAAACUGCCAGCGAGUCGUGGAUAUGGGCAAAGAGAUGGGAUUCAAAUUGACCGGAAUCGAGGGAAAAGACAUUUACGACGAGCAUAAAACAUUCGUCCAGGCGCUUCUUUGGCAAAUGAUGCGAGCAUACACGACCAAGGUUCUGCAAGAACUGGGCGAUGGAAAACCCGUCUCCGACGCGGACAUCCUCAAAUGGGUCAACGAAAAGUUGCCUCAAGAGCACCAAGUUUCUUCCUUCAAAGACCAGAACAUCUCGACUUCUCUUCCCAUCUACAGAUUGAUCAACGCCAUCGUCCCUGGAACAAUCGACUUCUCCGUCGUCAACACUUCCCGUCCCGACAUGAUGAAGGAGGAAGACAAGUACAGCAACGCUCGUUACGCUCUAUCCCAAGCUCGAAAAUUGGGAGCCACUGUCUACGCGCUGCCAGACGACAUCAUCGAGGUCAAACAAAAAAUGCUCGUCACACUCUUCGCCGCGCUCAUGGUCCUCGACACGACCAAAAACUGA